UUUUAAGCAGGGAAGUUUGCCGGCGUGGUAAGCAGGCUUCACAGUACUACUGCCCCCCAUGUACUAGCCUUCCCGCUCCGCUCCAGCAGCGCAUCCCUGCCCGCCCGGUCAACUUAUACAGUCUAUCGUCUGUGUGCUUUGUAAAGAUCAUGACUGACUUCGGGGCUUUACCAACAAACGGAGUCGGCGGAGGGAUGAAAAAGGACGCGUUUGCAGAUGCCCUACAACGAGCCAGACAGAUUGCAGCUAAAAUUGGUGGGGAAGUUCCAGUGAGUAACAAUGGAGGUGCGGAGGGCUAUCCCUUUUCAACACAGAAACGGUCACUGGAGGAUGGAGAUGAACCCAGUGCCAAGAAGAUGGCAUCGCAGGGUGACCGAGAUGGAAUGUUUUUAUCCACAGCUAUUGGUGCACAGUUGGCUGCUCUUUCUCAACAAAGUAUUAGAUCCUCAACUAUGACCGACGAGCUCAAGGUGCCGGAUUCUAUGGUUGGUCUUAUCAUAGGACGAGGAGGAGAACAAAUCAACAAAAUUCAGCUGGAGUCUGGUUGCAAAGUCCAGAUUGCACAUGACAGUGCUGGACUCCCUGAAAGAAGUGUUUCUUUGACUGGAUCACCGGAGUCUAUACAACGAGCCAGGGCUCUUAUUGAUGAAAUAGUGUCUAAAAGCAAUGACAACGGUAAUAGCAAUGUGCUGGAAAUGAUGAUUCCUGCUGGCAAGGGGGGCAUUAUUAUUGGCAAAGGAGGAGAAACCAUUAAACAGCUGCAGGCACGAGCUGGAGUUAAGAUGUAUGUUGUUCAAGAUAGUUCACAAUCUCCCAAUGUUGAUAAAGUGUUGCGCAUCAUUGGUGACCACUACAAAGUUCAGCAAGCAAAAGAGAUGGUUAAUGACAUUUUGCGAGAGGGCUUUGCAGAUAGGAAUGAAUAUGGAUCUCGCAUGGGAGGAGGUGGAAUGGAAAUUGCUGUUCCUCGUCACUCGGUGGGAGUGGUUAUUGGCAGGAAUGGAGAGAUGAUCAAAAAGAUUCAGAGUGAUGCUGGAGUAAAGAUUCAGUUUAAACCAGAUGAUGGUUCAGGCCCUGAUAAAAUAGCUCACAUCAUGGGACCCCCUGACCAGUGUCAACAUGCUGCCUCUAUAAUUACCGACCUCUUACAAAGCGUCCGUGCCCGAGAAGAGGGUGGUCAAGGGGGCCCCCCAGGGAUGCCGCCAGGUGGACGGGGCAGAGGCCAGGGAAACUGGGGUCCACCGGGAGGAGGAAUGACCUUUUCCAUUCCUGCUCACAAAUGUGGUCUUGUAAUUGGGAGAGGCGGGGAGACGGUGAAGUCCAUUAACCAACAGACUGGCGCAUUUGUGGAAAUUUCUCGUGAGCCACCUCCAAACGGUGAUCCAAAUUUCAAACUGUUCACAAUCAGAGGGUCCCCCCAGCAGAUUGACCAUGCAAAGCAACUUAUAGAAAAGAAGAUUGAGGGUCCACUGUGUCCUGUUGGUGGUGGUCCCGGUCCUGGAGGACCAAUGGGUCCUUAUAAUCCAAACCCUUACAAUGCAGGGCCUCCUGGUGGCCCUCCACACGGGGCUCAACCUGGUGGUCAGUUUUGUCCUCAAGGCUGGGGAAAUACCUAUCAACAAUGGCAAGGCCAAGCUCCUCAUGACCCUAGUAAGGCUGCAGCAGAUCACAGUGCAGCCUGGGCAGCAUACUAUGCACAGUAUUAUGGUCAGCAAGCAGGGGGUGCCAUACCAGGACAAACGGGAUCUUCCUCUGGAGCACCUGGAGAUGGAGCCCAGCCCACACAGAGCGCAGGGGGGCAGCCAGAUUACACAAAGGCAUGGGAAGAAUACUACAAGAAAAUGGGCAUGAGUCAGCCUGCAGGUGGGGCAGCAGCUCAAGGGUCACCUGCUGGAGCUGGAGGGGCAGCAGCUGCAGCGCAGCCUGGUGGACAGCAGGAUUACAGCGCCGCAUGGGCUGAGUACUACAGACAACAGGCAGCAUACUACGGACAGUCAGGACAGGCCCCUGGGCAGGCACCCACCUCACAGCCGGGACAGGCUCAGUAACAUUUGGUCAGAUGGAUGUUGCGUAGCCCUUUGGACUAUUUUCUUUGUUCAGGACAUUUCCUUUGGACUACAACAAGACACUGGUUAUUCUGCAUAUGUCCCUUUUCUAUAUUCCUUGCUCUUGACCCACAAAAAAACUGAAAUACGGGAACAUGAUUUGCUUAUGCAUUGAACAAAGCACUAAAGUACUCACCCUUACCUCAUCCUCACAUUGUGAUAUCUCCAUUUUUAAAAUGUGAAUUAAGCAUCUAUGCUUGGCGGCUAGCACGACAGAAACAUUCAAUUUAGUAGGUUUAAGUAUUUUAAUUUGUGAGGGCAGGGAAAAUGUUUGGCAGUAUUUUUGAUUUAUCAAAAAUUAUGAUUGUAUUUUUUUUAUUACAUUUUAGAACAUUCCUACUGUUAAGUUGCAGGUGCUACCCUGCUCUUGUAUAUUAAUUUUAUUUUGAGGGUAUGUGUAUGCCUGUGUAUGCAUUUGUUUGAAAUGUAAGCUGCUGAAUAGGAAAGGAAUGAACCUCGGCUACAUUAAGGCAAUACCAAACUUGCACUUUGUAAGCUGGCGUGUGUGUGUGUGUGUGUGUGUGUGUGUGUGUGUCUACCCUCUUUACUUUUUUUUACUAAGUUUUUGUGUAUGCUGAUUUUAUGUUAUUUUUUACUGCUUGGUUUUUAAAUACAUAAAAUAAAACUCUUCAAAUUCA